UUAUUGAUGUUUACAAAUUAAACUACUAUGUCUUAUAAAUUAAAUGCCUUCAUUGAAGCCUAGCAUCAGAAACGAUAAAUCGGAAAACAAUAGUAAUCAAGAAAAAGUAAGCCAAAAACCCUAAUUUUCUCCGAUCAUGGAAAGCUUACCUUUGCAUCUCCUCAACGAGAUUCUCUUCAGAGCAGAUCUCACAUCUUUGGCGAUGAUGCGAUGCACAAAUAGAUCUCUCCAGACACAUAUAUCCGAGGACCAGUAUUUGAAAUCCGAAUUCUUAUCUCGGUUCAGAUCUGGUUUGCUUCACAUCUCCACCUAUGGCUCUAAGUCGCUUCGCUAUUACUCUUUGGGAGAUACUAGGUCACCGAGAACCAAAACUAUCUUAACGGAGUGUCGGGUUCUAGGUUCUUGCUCUGGCCUUCUUCUACUCUCUCUUAAUUAUGGUCUCUGCGUCGCAAAUCCCCUUACAAAAAAGUUUCGAUUCUUGAAUAAACCUGGGUCAAGGUGUUUGCCUAAUAGUCUACCAGUGGUUCUUGGGCACGAAACGAAGUACAUCGGGUUCGCGGUUUAUGAAAUUGAUCGAACCACCCAGGGUUUCAAAACUGUCUGCAUAACCGAGGUGGAAAAAAAAAAUCCUAACGACGAAACAACGUAUAGAUUCGAGAUUAACGCCGGAGAUUCAUGGAGAUUUUCGAAAACGAAGAUUACUUGCUGUACAAGUGAUCACGAUAUCAGUAUGAGAAAACCUGUUUACUUGGACGGAUCUCUUCACUGGAUACGAAACGAUGGAAGCAUCGUUGCUUUCAACCCCGAAACAGAGCAAGCACGUCUGAUUUUAACCGAAUUUCCACAAGAACUGAGAGCGUUAUUCGCCGCCGGCAACAACAGCCUAACCUUGAUAUCGGCGUUUAAGGAUGUAAUUUACGUUUAUGCCCUCGAGAAUAUCCUCACUAAUCCCAAGUGGGUCCUCGUGAGGCAGAUCAGGAACGUAGUGCUGGACCAGACAAGCCUGAUUGGUUGGAAUGUGGUAGCUUACGACGGCAAGUGUUUAGUGUUGAGGGUAGAGACUAAUAAUGGCUCUUAUAACGUCCGAAUGAUUCAUGGGUACGACUUGAGAGCUAACAAGUGGGGACUCAUGGGUUCGAUUCCAGAUUGGUGCGAUGCAAAUGGAGAGUUUUUUCAAUUUACACCGUCGUUGUCGUCUUCUGUGAUAGGACUACUUGAUCAUAAGAAGGAGAAGGAGGUGGUAUUUGAUUGUGAUGGAAAACGCAUCGCCUCUCUAAGCUCCAUUAUGGGAUUGAUAACUGAUGGAAUCUCAUCAGAAAAAAUGGAAAAGCAAGUCAGAAAAAUAUCGGUUGAAGAAGAUAAAAUGAAACCAGUAUUGUUCAGGCCAGCUUCGUUAAAUUUUUCGGACGUGGAAAGACCCAACAACAAAAGACAAAGAGUGGAGUAGACAAAUUAGUAUAAGUAUAACGUGUGAGGAGAAACAAGUGUCGUUUGGUUAACCAACAUGUGUGAUGUGUUUUAUAGUUUCUUCUCUCUCUCUUUAUGUACUACGUUUAUUAUGUGUUAUUGUGUAUGCUAGAUUUUAAUUUGAAGUUAUUAAAGUUUGCACAAAAUCUCUCAAACAUCUAAAAACUUUUCAACUUAAACUUGACAAGAAAAUGUUUAUUUUAGGGACCAACUAUUUAAAAUGUUCACAUGCACGUAUACAUUCAAAGUUUUUAACAUAUGAAUCAACAGAUUAAAUUGGAAAAAGCGUAUUUAGUCAAGUGGUUAACGGUCCACUUCUGCAAUUUUCUCCACAG